UAAGACAGAGCUUACACACAUUGAGAAAAGUCAGAAAACAACUUAGUUCAUCAGAUGAUGGAACCAAAAACAUGUUAUUCAACAAUCCUUACUUUGAAACUAAUAACCUUUUUGCUUCUAAACUUUACUUUGAGAAAACUAAGUGCUUAUGAGAAUUAUUAUAGCAGAGAUGAUUUCCCUCAAGACUUUAUUUUUGGAUCAGCCACCACUGCUUAUCAGGUGGAAGGAGCUGCUAAUGAAGAUGGAAGAACUCCAAGCAUAUGGGAUACUUUUGCUCAUGAUGUGUUUGAAGGGACAGAAAAUGGAGAUGUAGCCUGUGAUGGCUACCACAAGUAUAAGGAAGAUGUGAAGCUGAUGGUGGAAACAGGCCUUGAUGCCUAUAGAUUCUCCAUUUCUUGGUCUAGACUCAUACCAAAUGGCAGAGGACCUGUGAAUCCCAAGGGAUUGGAAUACUACAACAAUCUCAUCAAUGAGCUCAUUAGCAAUGGAAUCCAACCACAUGUAACACUACACAACUUUGAUCUUCCACAAGUACUUGAGGAUGAAUAUGGAGGAUGGGUUAGUCGUAAAAUCAUAAGAGAUUUCACAAACUAUGCAGAUGUGUGUUUUAGAGAGUUUGGUGAUAGGGUCUUGUAUUGGACUACUAUAAAUGAGCCAAACGUGUUCGCCAUCGGCGGUUAUGAUUCGGGAGCAACCCCACCUCGGCGCUGCUCUCCCCCGUUCUGUCAUUCAACUGGCAACAAGGGUAACUCAACAAUAGAACCCUACUUGGCAGUUCACAACAUCUUGUUAUCUCAUUCUUCAGCUGCAAGAUUGUACAGAAGAAAGUAUAAGGAAAACCAACAUGGAUUUGUUGGUAUAUCAAUCUUUACAUUUGGUUGUCAUCCAAUAACAAACACGGAACGAGAUAGGGUAGCAUGUCAGAGAGUUUAUGAUCAUAUGGUUGGUUGGAUUAUGGAACCAUUGGUGCGCGGAGACUACCCGGUUUCCAUGAAGAGAAAUGCAGGCUCAAGAAUUCCAGCCUUCACAAGUCGCGAGUCGAAACAAAUUAAAGGUUCAGCUGACUUCAUAGGUGUGAUUCACUACUACAAUAUCAAUGUCACAGAUAAUCCUGAUGCCUUGAAUAAUAAUCUGAGAGAUUACAACAUGGACAUAGCUGCAGUGCUUUACUUUGAGCUGUUUUCAAAUGAAGAGAUUGCUGUCACCCCAUGGAAGUUGGUGGAGGAACUAAACAAACUUAAGCUUCUUUAUGGCAAUCCUCCAUUAUUCAUAUAUGAAAAUGGUCAACGAACCAAUAGCAAUUCUUCAUUGCAAGAUGUGACAAGGGUCAACUACCUUUAUGAAUAUAUUGGUGCUGUGCUUGAUGCAUUGAGGGAUGGAUCAAAUAUAAAAGGUUAUUUUGUAUGGUCAUUCAUGGAUGUAUUUGAGUUAUUGGAUGGAUAUGAAUCAAGCUUUGGACUAUACUAUGUUGAUAGAAAUGAUCCUGAAUUGAAGAGAUAUCCUAAGCUCUCUGCAAAAUGGUACAACAAAUUCUUGAAGGGUGGAAGCACUUCUAUAGUUGGAGAUCUUCAACAACUUAAUAAGGAUCCAUCACAUGUUUCUGUUGGCCACUCAAUAUAACAGUUUAGUUUAGUUUAGUUGUUUGUUUAUUUAUUUAUUUUUGUAGUGUUCGUGUACAAAAGUUUGAAUAAUCGACUUUGGAGAUUGAUUAUGUGAAUAAGAAAAUAAAUCAGAGGCUCAUUGAAGGAGAAA